CACAUUUGCGCAUGACAAAAUUCACCUGCAAGAUGGCGACAAAAACAUUAGGUUGUAUGUCUGCAGCUGUUGCUGUUAGUAUUGCUAUAUUCCUGCAAUGUUGCGUAGCAGUAAUGGACAUUGAAGAGUUGCAAAAUAUACAUUAUGAUAUUGAUAUUCAUAAUACCCCAGUAUUAUUAGGAAGGCCUUUAGAAAGAGAAGUUGUGUAUGUGAAUUCAAAGUUUGGUCAAAGCUAUGAGUGUCAACUGCCUGACUUAUCUGAUUUUGAGAAGAGCCAAGAAGAGGAAAAAGUUGCCUCGGAAAUCGGUAUCGCUGAGCUGUUAAAACCAAUGGAAGAUGCACCCUGCAUAGUUAUGACACAAGGAUGGUGGUCCUAUGAAUUUUGUUAUGGAAAAGACAUAAAACAGUAUCACAUGGAAAAUGGUGUACCACAAGGAGACAUCAUAUUUUUAGGACUCUAUGAAUCGCAGAUGGAUUGGAGUAAUACAUCGCACAAGGAUGCGAAACGACACAAACUGAAUCGUUAUCACAGCCACACAUAUGUCAACGGUACAGAAUGUGAUCUGAAUGGUAAAGCCCGAAUGGCUGAAGUGAGAUUUGUUUGUUCAGAAGGAGAGGGUGAUGCGAUUGUUCGAGUGAAUGAGCCUGAAUCUUGCGUGUAUAUCGUCACCAUCCAAACAACACGUAUAUGCCACCACCCGUACCUCCGUCCCCCUCCUAGCCUGAAGCCACGGCCUAUCCUAUGCUUUCCUGCACUUGAUCAUAUGCAGUAUACUGAAUUCAUUCAUAAGAAAGAAGAAGAAGAAGCUGCUAGAGAAGAAAGAAGGCAAUAUCUAGAAGAAAAAUUGAGGGAGCAAAAAGAAGCUUUGAGGGAACGUCAAGAAAAAGAAAGACUGAGUAAAAUUCAUAAAGCUCAACAUUUGGUUGAGGUCUACGAAAAUCAAAAGAAGGCCGCUGAGAAAGAGCUUGAAAUGAUGCAAAAUGAACAAGAGAUGAUUAUGCAGAUUCUUAAAGAUCAGCAACCUUUCGCUGCUAAUGCCCACAAGGCUACUGUUGAGCCCAGUUCUGAAGGCACUGCUGACACGGUCGACGAAGAAGAUGACGAUGAAGCAGAUAUCGGCACAGAUAAUCCCGUUGUUGAUAAAGAAGUUGAACAAGUGUUAAAAGAAAUACUGAAAUUUCAACCGAAGGACUUGCAGAAAAUGGUCGGUGCUGCCAUGGGAUCUGUAUUAAACAGCGUGAAGGCCUUGGAUGAAGUAAUAGGAAUUGAGGAUGAAGAUGAUAUGGAUGAAGAGGAAAGACAACUGGUGAAGCAAUUCAAUAAGCUACUCGCAUCCGUCAACCGAAACCUACCAGAAACAGCAGACGAAGAGGAAGAGGCACUUGAAGAGCUACACAAGAAAUCCAAAGAUGCCAAGCUACCGCAAAGUUCAGAAACCAAGCAGUUUUACAAGUACUUAAAGAAGUUCCAGGAUGAGGUAGUAGAUGCCGCAGAAUCGGAGGAGGAGGCAAGCCGUCUGCUAAAACUUGGCAACCAAGUCAAGAAAGCUUAUGAGAAUUUGGAUAGACUGUCUAUGGAAUUUGAAGAUAUAACAAAUGAAGAAGCACAAAAGGCUUUUAAUGUAGAGGAUUCUAUGGAUAUAUUGAGAAACACGUUUGAUGAUAGUGAUGAAACUAAACAGCUACGCAAAUCAGUUAAUAAGCUUACCAAGGAAUUAAAAGAUGUUGAAAGCACUGAAGAAGCAGAGCAACCGGAGACCGUUACCUCCAUACUGCCCAACGACCAAGUGAAAGUGAAGGUUACCAAGAUUAAAGUGGGAAAGACAACGCAAGUAGAAUCACAGACUGAGGUGUAUGAUAGUAAAUACCGCAAAAUAGAGGAUGCUGUUCGAGAACAACUUGAAAAUGAGGGCGUAUCAACUGAUGGUAAUGUUGAAAUAAAAAUCCUAAGUUUUGACCCACGAGAGGAGAUGCUGACAAAUGACGAGGAGGAUGAAGAGGGUGAUGACGGGAUGACGGUACUGUCAGAAGAGGAGAGCACAUACUUCAAAAAUAUGAUAUUUGGUUUAUUGAAUGGAGAGGCUGCUGUAAAGGAACAGACAAAACAUAGGAAAUUAGAAUCUAAUUAUGGACUGUCAUACAAUAAAGAAACAACUGUUGAAGCUGAAGAUGAAUGAAAGAAAAAAGAUUGUCUGAAUUUAUUAAAGAGACAGCAGAUUCCUGAAGAACAUCAUCAGGGAAAUAUUUUUUGUCUAGCAGGUUAUUUUUUUAAUUGAAAUUCAUAUAAGCAGUGACAUCGUGAGGUCGUCUGAUGCCUCCUUGGUGCUUGAGUGCGAAUGAUGUCAGUAUUAAUGGCGGCCCAAAUUUGCACUUUGCCAUUUUGAUAUCUUUGUAAUGCAAUUUUCACACUAAAAAAAUGAGGAACAUUCCCAAUCUAGAUUCCACUGCUGAGCAAAUGGAAGAAAACGUUGGCAACCGAAACAAACACAAUAUUCAGGUAAAUAUUUUACCUGAAUUGAUGUGUGGUUGGGGUACAUGUAAAUUAAAAAUUUUGCUAUAAUUAAGUAUACUGUAGAUUUACUUUUUUGUGUGUCUAUUGCUCUUUGUAAAAUAAAAAAUACAUGUACUGGCAUGGUGUUGUAUACUCUACUUGGUCAUUCCCACUUUUGUAAGUUCUUGAUUAGGAAAAAAGAAAUACUGUAGAAAGUAAUUGUACAAUGAAUGAAAAUUAUAUUAUUAUGUAACUUAAUUUUUUUUAAAUAACUAUAUUGUCCAUUGCAACUUUGUUAAUAGUAAGUUUCUUUAUGGAAAUGUGUAUGAUGGAUAGUGUCAUUUCAUCAUGUACAUUUAUUUUUUAUAUGAUUAUGCAAAUAUUGUCUUAUUAUUAUCAGUGUUAAUUAUACGAUAGAAAAACAAAUGUACUGUAAAUUAUCAACAACUGAAUUAUUUUGAUCUGUGUCUCAUUAGACGUUGAUAUAUAUAUAUUGUAUCUUUUUUAAUGAGCAAUCCAAUAUUUUACUUUUAAUUUUUUAUGAUUUUUCUACAUUUUACUGCACUUUAAGUUGUGCGAGAGUGUAGAUAUGCAAAAUAAUUAUUAUAAUAAACAAUAUUUAAAAAAAUAUUAUAUUUGAUUAUUGACUUAAUAUAGAAGUAUAUUAUUAUUUUAUUUAUCUGAUAAAUAUUUGGAGGGGCAGGGAUAGAUUAGAAUUUUAUUUGGUAUGUGUAUGUUGGGUUUAGAAAAGAGGAAACACAGUAUGAGAAAAUAGAUAUUAAGAUGUCUUUUUCUAAGAGAUUUGUUAUUUUGUGCAAUUUAUUGAAUAUAUUAAUUUAUCUGUAAUGUUGAUAGCAUAAUUGUUUGUAUAAGAGUGUAUUUUCAUUUAUGCAUUAUUUUAUGUAGAGAUAGUUCCACUGUGUAUUAUCAUGUUUUGAUUGAAGCCGUGUUAAUUCAUUCCAGACUAGUUUUUUUUUCUCCAUUUGAUUAUUUGGACAUCAUGUGAUUUUCAGAGCUGAGUAUAUGCUUUCAGAUUUUUGUUUGAUCAGACUGAUAAUUUGUGCCUUAUAUCAGACAUAUUUGAUCAAACAAAUAGUGCCUUUCUGAACAUUGUUGAGUCUAAAGCCGGGCACACACUGCAUCGGUGGACAGUUGUACAACGAAUCCAUCUCUGUUAUCUGUGAGCGCUUGUCAGCAAUAGUGCGAGCAGGUCUUCGUUAAUAACUAUUUGAUGUUAAUAACAUAGGAAAUUUAUUUUUAAACAAAUUUAAUACCUAGUGUAGCGGAGGAUUGGCACUUGUUGUUUCAUGGGUUAAUUUGUUGUUGACAUGGCAACAAAAGCAGAAUAUCCCCGGGCUUCACUUUCCAAGUCUAUCAUGGUUGCGUAACAUGCCAAGGCCUUUUCGGGCACUACUACCCAGGGGUUAAUGGCCACAAUUGUUCCAGAGGGUAAUGGAGUGGAGCCCCCCCCCCCCAUAAUAAUAAAUAAUAAUAAUGCAUUUAUAAUGCGCCAUCUAUCAAGGUAAACCUAUUCCGAGGCGCACAUAAACAUACUAAACAUGGAAAAUAAAAAAACAACAUUAUAAAAGUACAAUGAUAAAAACAGUGAUUAAAAGCAACUUGAAAUAAAUGUGUUUUAAGAGUCGUUUAAAAACAUCAAGCGAACUGCAUCUGCGGAGUUCAAUUGGUAAUGCAUUCCAGAGCCUGGGUGCUGCUGCGUAGAAUGCGCGAUCACCUUAUGAAGAUGCAAUCCUAGGUACAGUUAAUAUAUGGACCUAUUAAUAGGUCCGCGGUUAAUAGGUGUUUGUCCGCUGAUCUUAAAGUGCGUUUGGAGACAUGCAUAGAUAAUAGUUCGCGUAUAUAUGUAGGUGACAUUUCGUUUAAUUAUUUCCAGGUGAGCAGCAGCAAUUUGAAUUGAAUUUGUUGGUGAAUUGGUAACCAGUGAAGCUGUUUCAAUAUUGGUGAAAUGUGAUCAAAUUUUCUGGUCCGUAUUAACAUGCGAGCAGCUGAAUUCUGAACACGUUGGAGCUUAGUCAGUUGUUGUUCCCCAUCCCAUCCCUUUCACAGUUUUGGAUGGCGCAUUUUGAUGUAUUUGUAUGCAUGCAUGGUCCCACAUGGCAUGUUUGGGGCUCCUUGGCUUUAUGAGUGAUAGCUCAUAAGGUGCUACGCCACUGGUUCAACAACAUCCUCACUGACCUUAUUCUCUUGUGGGUUUCAUCUUUUGAUAUCAUCUUUUUGUGACCCUGUUGAGCAACAUAGUGUAGAAUAGGGUCUCAGACUAAGGGCUGUGCAACAUAGCCUUGACCAUACACUUAUAUGUACUGUACAUGAUUUUAUAAAGAAAGUCUGCUUCUAAAGCAGUCCCUGGACAUCGUUGUUCCAUGCUUUAUUUGUACUUAGAAGUAAUAAAAUUUAAAUGAAAUGAUA